UAUGUUUGUUAAGUUGCGCAGCGCUACGCAUUCCGUUGGUAUUUUACCAUUAAUACUUGUCUACUUAACGGUAAAUUACAGACAUUAAAUGCACGCACACAGCAAGACAAAUGCGUAUGUAUGUGUGUGUGCGGGUGUAUGCUCGCUUGCACAUAUCUUUCACUGUAUUGUACGCAUGUCAAGGACUCGCUGUCUGUGUCUCCUUCUACCAGCAGACCAACGCUGGCAAAUGGACAUGGAUAUGGACAUGUGGAUGUGGACCUGGACAUCGUCAUGGAUGCUGAUUGA